CCCCCUCUCUUUCCUUGCGCGGUGGCGGCGCAUCCAACGAUUGGAUCCCAGGGACGGUGCGGUUCUACAGAAAUUUUGAAGCCAAUCGCUAGGACAUCUAGCAGCAGCAGCACAACUACAGUCAGAGAUGGACAGAAAGAUAAAGAUGUUAAUUUAUGCGGCUGCAGCACAAUGGUUUAUCAACAUGAUAACAUUGGUUGUUCAAUCAAGAAAAAGAAAAAGAAGAGAAGCAAUUACAUAUGCCCCAAUUGAUGAGAGAGAUAGGAUGAGAAGAGAGUAUUUUGACAACAAAAUAUGGAAGAAUGACACAACUAGCGUGAACAUGCUUAGGCUUCGAAGAGAACCUUUCUUUAGGUUUUGUCAACUCUUUAGGGAUCGCAAGUUGCUAAAGGACACAAUUCAUUUGUCUAUUGAGCAACAAGUAGCAAUGUUCUUGCACACUGUUGGGCACAACAUUAGAAAUAGGGUUAUUUCUGCCAAUUUUGGUAGAUCCGGUGAAGUCGUGAGCCGUUACUUCCAAAGGGUUCUCCAUGCUAUUGGUGAGCUUCGAGAUGACCUUAUUAGAAAGCCUUCAUUGGAGACCCAAACCAAAAUAGAAGGAAACUAUCGAUGGGAUCCAUACUUUAAGGAUUGUAUUGGAGCUAUUGAUGGUACACAUGUGCGAGCCUCCGUUACACCGGAAAUGGAGGCUUCUUUUCGUGGUAGAAAGCCUUAUGCUACUCAAAAUGUGAUGGCGGUUGUAGAUUUUGAUCUUCGAUUCACAUAUGUGUUGGCCGGAUGGGAGGGGACAGCACAUGAUGCUCUAGUUUUACGUGAUGCUUUAGAACGUGCAAAUGGUCUACGUGUCCCACAAGGGAAAUUUUAUCUAGUUGAUGCUGGAUAUGGAGCCAAACGGGGUUUUUUGCCUCCUUUUCGUGGCGUGAGGUACCACUUGAAUGAGUGGGGAAACAACCCUGUGCAAAAUGAGAGGGAGCUGUUCAACCUUAGGCAUUCUUCUCUUCGUGUGACCGUAGAACGUGCAUUUGGGUCAUUGAAGAGAAGAUUCAAGAUACUUGAUGAUGCCACCCCAUUCUUUCUCUAUCCAACACAAGUUGACAUUGUUAUGGCUUGUUGUAUUAUUCACAAUUGGGUUAUAAAUGACGGGAUAGAUGAAUAUAUCAUACCCGAGGAUGAAUGGGUUCCAAAUAUUACUCAUGCUUCAUCAUCAAGUGGUCAAGCACAUGAACAUGCAUACAUGGCUAAUUUUAGGCAAGGACUUGCUGAUCAAAUGUGGGAAGACAGACAAAACCAUAUGCAAGGUCAAAAUAUGUAGUAUAAUAUUUUCUGUAAUUGUAUUUGUUCAACGAUUCUGUGUGCUGAAACUUAUUUGUAAGGAUAUAAUAUUUUCUGUAAUUGUAUUCUUGUGUGCUGAAACAUAUUUGUAAUGACUAUUUAA